AAUCUCUUCUCCUUCUCACUUAAAAGCAACCCAAUUGCCAAAAACUUUUGAUCAUUUUUCAGGUACAAAACUUUAUUGAUUUUCUCUUGGAAAAAGAAAAAAAAACUCAUACAUUCUUCAAAGAGUGAAGAGACAGCUAUGACGAUUGAUCAGCCACAAUACCCCUCUGUUGCUCAUAAGGUAUCUGGCAACUUCCUGGUUAUAUCUACCCAAAAUCGAGAUCUUCUGGCAUAUCAAAGGCAAUAUAAAUAUGGAAAUCAGACGAAACCUUUGUUGCAUCAAUGUGAAGGAAAAUAUGACAUGUCCAUGGUUUCGUCCUACUCAUCGCCAGUUUUUGUUCAAGCUCCUUCAGAGAAAGGUUUUUCCAGCUUUGCAAUUGAUUUUCUUAUGGGUGGUGUCUCAGCAGCAGUGUCAAAGACAGCAGCUGCUCCAAUUGAGCGCGUCAAACUCCUGAUCCAAAACCAGGACGAAAUGAUCAAGGCUGGUCGGUUAUCAAAACCAUACAGUGGCAUAACUGAAUGUUUUAGCCGAACAAUGAAAGAAGAAGGGAUUAUGUCAUUGUGGAGAGGCAAUACAGCCAACGUUAUUCGUUAUUUCCCAACUCAGGCCUUGAAUUUUGCAUUUAAAGAUUACUUCAAGAGGCUUUUUAACUUCAAAAAGGAAAGAGACGGUUACUGGAAAUGGUUCGCUGGCAACCUUGCAUCAGGAGGCGCAGCUGGUGCAUCUUCCCUUUUCUUUGUGUAUUCACUUGACUAUGCCCGAACAAGGCUAGCAAAUGAUGCUAAGGCUGCAAAAGGUGGAGGGGAGCGACAGUUCAAUGGUCUUGUUGAUGUCUACAAGAAGACAUUAGCAUCUGAUGGAGUUGCUGGACUUUACCGUGGAUUCAAUAUUUCAUGUGUUGGGAUCAUUGUGUACCGUGGUCUCUACUUUGGUUUGUAUGAUUCUUUGAAACCAGUUGUCCUCACUGGAGGGCUACAGGAUAGCUUCUUUGCUAGCUUUGCACUAGGGUGGUUAAUUACAAAUGGUGCUGGACUUGCAUCCUAUCCAAUUGACACUGUUCGUCGGAGAAUGAUGAUGACAUCUGGUGAAGCAGUGAAAUACAAAAGCUCAAUGGAUGCUUUUACUCAAAUAUUGAAGAAUGAGGGUGCAAAGUCUCUCUUCAAGGGUGCUGGUGCAAACAUUCUUCGUGCCAUUGCUGGCGCUGGUGUCCUUUCUGGCUACGACAAACUUCAAAUGCUUGUACUCGGAAAGAAGUAUGGAUCCGGUGGUGCUUAAGAUUGAUCAUUUUUUCCAUCCCUACUAUGAUUCUUAAUUUGGAUUUUGAAUAAUUAGCUACCAAACAGAAGUAUCUUUUUUACUUCAGUAGGAGAAGUGAUACAUUCUGUGGCAACUGUUGGUGCAGUUGCUAGUUUAGUUUCUAGGAGAGUAUAGUGCCCAAUUUUGAUAGACAUGGCAAGGCACGCUAUGCAUAAAUGUUUUAUUUCACUUUUAUGAGGUAAUCUCUUUGAUAGAUUAUCCAACAACUCAAUAAUGUAGUUGAAUCUUCUCUAUAUUAUCAUGAAUUCUUUGCUUUUCC